GACGGGAGGAAAGUAUCUGCUCCGCUGAGGGGGGAAAGGAGGAGCAGGAGACAGAUUGUGGGACCGAGCGCGGGCGGGCGGGAGGCGCCGGAGCUACCAGCGGGUGAGUCCUGUUAACAUUAGCUAGUCCGUGGCCUGACAGGAGUCGCCCCUUCUACUCUGGCCAGUCCCAGCGUCCCGGGCCGGGGUCUCCCCUCCCAGUCUGUUGGACGGGGGCGCUGAGGCGGUGGCCAGGCCUGUCUGAGGAAGAGGGUGGGGCAUAGGCUAAAGACAACCAAUAGGAGAGAAGGAAGCCACAAUUGGCGGCCAUGAGCGCUAAUGGGAGAUCGCCUUUACCUUGCGGAGUGCCGCCCUCUUCUCUUCUCCCGCCUCCUUCCUUUUGGAGGAAGGCGGGGCCAGAGGACUGAAGUGUGGGGAGAACUUGGGCUCUGCUCUGCUUUAUGAAAUAUGGGAGACGACAGACCGUUUGUGUGCAGUGCCCCGGGCUGUGGACAGAGAUUUACAAAUGAGGACCACCUGGCAGUUCAUAAACAUAAGCAUGAGAUGACACUGAAAUUUGGCCCAGCCCGAACGGACUCAGUCAUCAUUGCAGAUCAAACACCUACUCCGACUAGAUUCCUGAAGAACUGUGAGGAGGUGGGACUCUUCAAUGAACUAGCUAGUUCCUUUGAACAUGAAUUUAAGAAAGCUUCCGAUGACGAUGAAAAAAAGGGUGCUGUUGGACCCCUUGACAUGUCUCUGCCUUCUACACCAGACAUCAAAAUCAAGGAAGAAGAGCCAGUGGAAGUAGACUCAUCACCCCCUGACAGUCCUGCUUCUAGCCCCUGUUCCCCACCACUGAAGGAGAAGGAAGUUGCCACUAAACCUGUUGUGAUCUCUACCCCUACACCCACCAUCGUACGUCCUGGCUCCCUGCCUCUCCACUUAGGUUAUGAUCCACUUCAUCCAACUCUUCCUUCCCCAACCUCCGUCAUCACACAGGCUCCACCAUCCAACAGGCAAAUAGGAUCUCCUACUGGUUCCCUCCCUCUAGUCAUGCAUCUUGCUAAUGGACAGACCAUGCCUAUGUUGCCAGGGCCUCCAGUACAGAUGCCUUCUGUUAUUUCGCUGGCUAGACCUGUGUCCAUGGUGCCCAACAUUCCUGGUAUACCUGGCCCACCAGUUAACACUAGUGGCUCCAUUUCUCCCUCUGGCCACCCUAUGCCGUCAGAAGCCAAAAUGAGAUUAAAAGCCACGCUGACCCACCAAGUUUCUUCAAUCAAUGGAGGUUGUGGAAUGGUGGUGGGUACUGCAAGCACCAUGGUGACAGCCCGUCCAGAGCAGAACCAGAUCCUCAUCCAGCACCCGGAUGCCCCAUCCCCUGCCCAACCACAGGUCUCUCCAGCUCAGCCCACCCCUAGCACUGGGGGACGGCGACGGCGCACAGUAGAUGAAGAUCCAGAUGAGCGGCGGCAGCGGUUUUUAGAGCGGAACAGAGCUGCAGCCUCCCGAUGCCGCCAAAAGCGGAAGCUGUGGGUGUCCUCCCUGGAAAAAAAGGCAGAAGAACUUACUUCUCAGAACAUUCAGCUGAGUAAUGAAGUCACAUUACUACGCAAUGAGGUGGCUCAGUUGAAACAGCUACUGUUAGCUCAUAAAGACUGCCCAGUCACUGUACUACAGAAAAAGACUCAAGGCUACCUAGAAAGUCCCAAGGAAAGCUCAGAGCCAACGGGUUCUCCAGCCCCAGUGAUUCAGCACAGUUCCGCAACAGCCCCUAGCAAUGGCCUUAGUGUUCGAUCUGCAGCUGAAGCUGUGGCCACCUCGGUCCUCACUCAGAUGGCCAGCCAAAGGACAGAACUGAGCAUGCCCAUACAGUCACAUGUGAUCAUGACCCCACAGUCGCAGUCUGCGGGCAGAUGAUGCCUCCCAUGAUGGAGAGGUCCCCAGCCAGAGCUCGCCCGCCUGAGCCAAGAGAGAGAUCAACUUACCCCUCCUGUCUGCCUUGGAAUUGGCAGCAUGGAGAGGGAGAAAUUGUGUGUUGUGAGUAUGGACAGAUGUGGGGCUUUUCUCUUUAGCCACAUGAUCAUGUACAAUUAACACCUGUACUAGGGGCCCCAAAGCCACAUAGAUCUUCCCCCAAGGGUAGGGUUCUUAUGUACCUAUAGCCAAAGGCCUUUCCAUAUGGUCUGAGCAAUCAUCCCUGGCCCUGAUGCAUGUGUACCUGUCUCUUAACACUAACCCUUGCACUUGUAGGUUUGGGGUUUCUCAACGUCCUCUCCUUCCAUUGAGCUGUGGCUGUUACCGUCUUAUUUCUUACUAGCAUGCCACUUCCUGCCGGAUAGAGGGAGACGAGAUUUGAUGGCGUGUUACUUGCUGUCCCAUCCCCAGCCACCCCAUGCACUCAGGACUAUGUCUCCCAAUAGCUGCUUAUUUGUCUCUUUCCCCUUUCCUAAACUGCAGUGAAAACAUUCACUUGUUGAGAAUGUAAUACAUUUAAUGUAUGAGGUAGCAGUGUUUCCCACCUCUUCCAUGUGCUUUAUUCCUAUCUGCUACCAAAAACAAACACAAACAAAAGCAAAACUCUGAGAGUUUGAAUCAUUUUUCAUUUCCAAAUCUAUUGGUACCUCAUUUUGUCUCUUGACUUUCCUUAGUCUAGUGGUGGGAUCUUUCCUACUUCCCCACUAUGCCUUGGGAACCUCAUCUUGUGGCCUUAUUGUUAGUGGCAAUGAAAAGGGACAGAGCCGGGGAUCUAACUGGGCUUCCCUGUCUCCUUCCCUACCCUCCACUUCUAAUCAUCAGGGCAGACAGGAACAGUGUAAUUUAAAACUUGUUCCAUCAGGUUACUGGAUUAACUGAUUCUUUUAUGUUUUACAAGAGUUUACUGGCCAAAGUCUACAUAUUGUCAUCUUUGGUCAUCUGUGCUCCUGCUCCACUUUGCUUCCCUGUCCACGUUAGCUCAGCUCUCCUAGGAGUUGUCAAACAGAAGCUGCUUCCAUUCUCUGCCCCUCCUACAGCUCUCAACCUCCCUUCUUUUCUAAGGUAUGUCUUGUACCCACCCACCAGUGUCCCGCACUCUCUCAACUACCUUCUCUUUUUCUACCUACCCACUAGCUGUCUCUAGUCCUGAAAUUUCAGUGAACUUGUCCAUGGUACGGGCUUCAGGGCUCUGAAACAUCAUGGUUGAGGUUAUGGGUGCUUUUGAGUAUAAGACUGAGUGGAGAGAGAAGGUAUACAUUUUCCUAUGUAUAAUCUCAGCAGAGCACUCAGGAUAUGGCCUGUCUGUGAGAUUGCUGUCUGUGACUGUUGUAACCCUUAUUUUAUGGGUUACAGAGAGAAAAAUACACCCCUCCUCUUCAUCUUUCCUUGGCCUACGGACAGAUAGGUCAGCUUUAAUAGCUCUUGGGUCGAGAAUCCUCUCCUAGAGGAUUUGUCCUAGAGCCACCUUCCGCCAUCUGCUUGAGCCGAGAGUCCUCUUUUCUAGCUCCAUCUUAAGUAUGCAGAGUAACUGCUUGCUUCCUUUUAUGUCUUCCAAAAUUCACUGUCAUGGAGGAAUAAAGAAAUGUUGUAGCUUAUAUGAUUAUUUCCUCAGAGUUUAGACUAGGAGUGAGCCUAUCUUGUGACAUGUUUGUAUGUCUUAUGUAAAUUUCCCUCCUGUUUUUUGGAGGCAGUGUUGAACAGGCCACACCCAAUAAAAACUAGGAGCUGGUUUUAUAGUCUUCCCACAGGGGCUUAGCAGGAACAGCCCCUGAGGUGACAAGGCUAGCAAAUAUCACAGCAGAUGGUUGAGGGCAGGUCACCAUCUCCAGAGGUUUCACUUGGCCUUAGAAACUCACAGCCAUAGUUUGAGCUCAGGACUUCUUUAGAUGGUUGCUUCUUAGGAAUUUUUUUUUCUUUCUUGUAUAUGAAUUUUGUUUCUUUUUUUAAAAUUGUCUUGACUUCCCAGGAGCAGCCUUACACUAAAGCAUAGCUGAGCUUAUAGCUCCCCAGGGCCACUAAUAGACCGUUGGCUCUUUUUCUUUUUCUUCCAUCAUCAGUCAAGUGUUAAAGUCCGUAUAGCGUACCAGUCUCGCCUGGGUGCAUGCCUAAUAUAUGUGGAAGUUCUUUUUCACUUUCUUGACCCUCGUGUCUGCUUCUCUUGCAUCUUUAUUUUCACAACAGAAAGUUAGUAUUGGGGACCUGCCUUGGGUGUGACAUGUCAUAGAGGGGGUUCUGGUUGUGUCUAUUUGGGGUUCAAUAUGCCUCUUGGUUUGGAAGUCAGUUCCUGUUCCUAGGUUUAGGAAGUUUUGUGGUAUAAUUUCAUUAAAUAAUUUGACUAAUUCCUUUCGAAUUUAUCUCAGGUCCUCCUUCUCCCCAGUGGCUUCUGAGGUUUGUUUGGUCUUUUAAGUAUAUCCCAAGCUUCUUGAAAAUACUGGUCAUGUUCUUUAAUAUCUAUCUCUAUCUCUCUUUUCUUUCUUUCUUCCUUUUUUUUGAGAUCUAUCUCCUCUCUCUCUCUCUCUCUCUCUCUCUCUCUCUCUCUCUCUCUGUGUGUGUGUGUGUGUGUGUGUGUGUGUGUGUGUGUGUAUGUAUGUGUAUGUGUAUAUGUAUAUUAUUGUCCCAACUUUGUGCUCCACUGUAGAACUGCAUGAUCUCAUCUCUUGGGGACACUUUCUGGUGAGGCUUUUCACUUGGUUGUUUCUUUUAUGUUAAUUUCAGUUUCCUUCCUUUUCCAUGUUUGAAUGCCCUCACUAAAAUCUCCCUCCAUAUGUCUGACUUUCUCCUCCAACUUACCCACUGUUUUGUUCAUUUUGGAGGCUUUGCAUGCAGUUCCUAGUUCACUCAUGUGUAUUUGAGACAUCUACAUCGACUCUGAAUUCUUUCUCAGACACCUCAGUUCUUCUGGUUUUCAUUAAGGAGAGGUUUGUAGUGUGCCCUAGUUCGCUGUUGUCUCAUGUUCUUUGUGUUUCACUGUGGUGUUUUGUGCAUCAGUCAGAAUGGAUAUGUCCUUCAGUUUUAACUCACCUUUUCCCAACUCUGUUUUGUGUAACUGAGCCCUUCUUCAGAGUUCUGUCAGAAAGGAGCUGAGAGUGUGAUGUCUUAGACCCAUGAGUUGUCAGAGGCCUGGUCUGUGCCCUUGCCACCCUCUCCAUAUAACAUAGAGUGUUCAGAGUCUCAAAAACUAAGAAGCCUCCCAGCACCCAGGGAGAGCUGGAAAGGAUGUGUCUCCUUUACUUCUUUCCUGUUGGCUGAAUAUGCCAAAUCUGCCUUCCUCCUCCUUCCUCCACUCCUACCCAUGGCUGUAAACAGCAGACCACAUACUAAAGGAAGCUGUGCUGGUGAACCUUGCCUUGCUGCCUGCCUUCCCUCUCCCAUUCUGUAGCUCUUGACACCUUUCUUGAUUCACCUCUCCCAUCUCCUCAGGGACCUCCACCAUCAUCCUGAGAGAUAUAACUGUACUCAGUAAAGCCUGAACCACCAAAAAGACACACACAAUUCUUCCUCUGGCUUCUAAGAGGUUCCUUAAAGGUGCUAACUUUUGAGAUCACUCUCCCCUUUCAUAACUUUCUUCCCAUCCUCAGAACACAUUUCCAUUAAUAUUAUCUAGUGUACCCACCAAAAAGAAAUAUGUACUUCUUUUGAAAAGAAAAUCGUAGUCUGUUUAGACGAGUCUUGCAGCUGUGUCACACAUGCCUUUGUUGAUAUGCUUUUUCCUUUCUUCAGACAUGUUUGACCAGGGUGGGAGGUGUGGUGGGACAGGACAGGUGAGGAUCCUAAGGCCUGUCAGAAGACCCUACACCACUCCAGUCCAGCUAGACAUUCUUCUUACAAAUUCUGUUUCUGUCUGUAUACAUCCAUAUGCACAGACAAAUUCCCCUACUCCACCAGCCUGGUGAUCCCACAGCAAUGAGCAGUGUCUGCUGGCCACAUUCCCACCCUCUGCACUGUUACUUUGAGGUAAAAAUCCUACUCUAGAAUGAACAAAGGCUGGUGAGUGUAGGGCAGAUUAAGGCAGCUUAUGUCCUUGUAGAUGCAAGUUUCUGUUUCAGCUAUUAGAUGUUUGUUUUUUGUUUCGUUUUUUAAUGUAGAACUGGUAGGCUAUGAGCCAGCAACCGUGAGUAAGGCUUUAGCUGUUGAGUGGCUGUGAGCACUAGUUUCACUGACUUUACCUUCGGGCAGUGGUUCUCAGAACAUGGUCCAAGGGCAACAUGAGCAGCACCAUCACCUGGAGAGCGUGCUAGAAAUGUACUCUCUUGGCUAUCCCAACCUCCUGAGUUGGCCACUCUGAAGGUGAGCUUUAACUAGCAGUCUCUGCUGCUGGUCCACACUAAUGCAUGAGAGUCCCUAGAGGACAAGCUGGGAGCAUCUUGGCGCUGGGGUGACACAGAUUACUUUAAAUGUCUUCUCUGCCUUAUAAUUGAUGUUUUUAUUUCUCCCAGUCCUUUCCUUCACUUCCAUUAAAACAGCCACCACCACAUCACUCAUCUCAAAUUCUAAGUUGGUCUUCUGUCUAGUCUUAGCUCUGAAACUCUUGCCUGCUUUGGUCUGGGCAGAACCUACUCAUAUUGUCUUACAGGCCACUAGUUCUGCAUUCUUGAUGACAUUAACCAGCAGGAAGGCCAGGAGUGGUGGUGGCACACGCCUUUGAUCCCAACACUUGUGAGGGAAGCAGAGGCAGGCAGAUCUCAUUGUGUUCAAGACCAGACUGGUCUACAUAAGGAGUUCAAAGCCAAUCAUAGCUAUGCAGUGAGACCCUGUCUCAAAACAAACAACAAAAUCAGCAAGAGCCUCAGUUGUCCAUUUCUUCCCUGUGCACACACACAUCUCUUGCAGGAAGAUUAGCCUCCACCCCACAGUGGAGCCUCCUACAUCCUGAUAGAGUAUAUGUUGAGAAGAAAGCCAUGUGUAUCUAUGAAUAUUAUCUCUGUUCUCCUAUAUCCUUUUGACAUGUAGCAAUACCUCUCCAUCCUCAAGGAAUUCAACCCAGUGUGGGUCUCCCAGGCUCCAGUGGUAGACUCUGACAGGUGGGAGGAUACAGUGCUCUGGGCUGUUUUGUUACAAAUGUGUCUUCUGUCCUUUCCCUCCACCCAAUUCAGCAUGACCCCUGUGAGCAGGCUCUCACAAUCUCCUGGGGCAGGGCUGAGGCAGGGGCUUUCAGCUCUUCUCCGUAACCGUCCCUUCUUCCUUCCCCCGUGCCAUUUAGCAGUUAUCACCCAGCCUUGCCUUCUCCCUUUAUCCUUUGCCCUGUCAUAUACUGUGCCUUAUUUAUGCUGCAAAUAUAACAUUAAACUAUCAAGAGAAUCA